AUGAAAAUCUUUCUGCUGGUUGCUCUGCACACAGGUGCUACUGCACACAGCAUCAGCCCUCAGGCUCUGUGGCAGUUCAGCAAUGCGUUCAAGUGCACCUUUAGUCCGAUUGAUCCCUUUCCAGGGUACAGUUACUAUGGCUGCUACUGUGGCUUCUUGAGAUUCAUCCACCCAGAUGAAGAGUUAGACAGGUGCUGCAGGACUCGUGACAACUGCCUUGCUCAGGUUACUAAUCUGGACAACUGUGCAUUCCUCAUAAGGAACCUCUACACCAGCUCCUACUCAUACUCAUGUUCUGGGAAUGAUGUCACCUACAGUG